UCCAAGCCGUCCAUUGGGCACAGCGCAGCUUUACGCAUUUUCUCCGCUGCAGCAUCACCUGCACCAGACCGGCUGUCCUGCUGCUGGAGAGGCUUCAGCUCCGACCUGUGACUGAAAGCACCUUUUGCACACAAGCUCACCAUCCGGUUUCCAGUCCGUCCAGAUCCUGCAGCAAAACAGACAUAAACCAGCAGGUCGAGCUGGAGCCCGGCCACCUCGAAACCAACAGAGGCUGCUCACCAUCGAGGGGGACGAAGAGGAGAGUAUGAGUUCAUGCAGCACUGAUGUUAAGGAAAAUCGGAACUUGGACAACCUCUUCUCCAAAGAGGGGGUUGCAGCUGAGGCUGCUCAGCUCCCCAAUGGGAGCGGUGGGGGUGGGAGGAAGCGGCCCUUAGAGGAGGGCAAUAAUGGGCACACACAUUCCAAGUACAGGCCCAAGAAGCGUAAGAAAGUCCCCGGGCCCAUUCUACCUAAGAAUGCCCUCAUGCAGCUGAAUGAGAUCAAGCCGGGGCUGCAGUACAAACUGCUCUCCCAGACCGGGCCGGUCCAUGCUCCUGUCUUUGUGAUGACUGUGGAGGUCAAUGGGCAGCUCUUUGAGGGUUCAGGUCCUACGAAGAAGAAGGCCAAGCUGAACGCAGCUGAGAAGGCGCUGCGCUCCUUCGUCCAGUUCCCCAACGCAUCUGAAGCCCACAUGGCCAUGGGUCGGACAUUGUCCGUCCACACGGAUUUCACCUCUGACCAGGCGGACUUUCCAGACAUGCUCUUUAAUGGCUUUGAAACAUCUCCCCCAGCGGAUGACCCAUUUUACCUUGCAUCCAACAGUAAUGGUUCCUUCAGCUCAUUGGGAAUAGAGUACCCAUUGCUAGCCUCCCCUGUCCCAAACUUGGUCCAGGCCCCUUUACCGGUACCUCAGGCCCCCGCCACCUUCAUCGCUCCUACAAAUGGCAAGAACCCCGUCAUGAUCCUCAACGAGCUGCGGCCGGGCCUCAAGUAUGACUUUGUGUCUGAGAGCGGAGAGAGCCACGCCAAGAACUUUGUCAUGUCGGUGACUGUAGAUGCACAGAACUUCCAGGGUUCUGGGCGGAACAAGAAGCUGGCCAAGGCCCGGGCUGCCCAGGCUGCUCUCUCAGCUCUCUUUAACAUGAAGCUGGACCAAGCACCAUCACGACAACCAAUACCGAGAGAAGGACUGCAGCUUCACCUGCCACAGGUGCUUGCAGACGCCGUCUCUCGUCUGGUUGUUGACAAGUUCAGUGAACUGACCGACAACUUCACGUCCCCCCAUGCUCGACGGAAAGUCUUGGCUGGUGUGGUCAUGACAACAGGCACAGAUGUGAAGGAGGCCCAGGUCAUCUGCGUGUCCACAGGGACCAAGUGCAUAAACGGUGAAUACAUGAGCGACCGGGGGUUGGCACUGAACGACUGCCACGCUGAGAUUGUGGCUCGACGGUCACUCAUCAGGUACCUGUACUCCCAGCUGGAGCACUUUCUCAGUAACAACAAAGAGGAGCACCAGAAGUCAGUCUUCACUGCCUGCGACAACAGACAAGGCUUCCGGCUGAAGGAAAACGUCCAGUUUCACCUCUACAUCAGCACCUCGCCAUGUGGGGACGCCCGCAUCUUCUCUCCUCACGAGGCUGGAGCGGAGGACCAGGGAGACAGACAUCCAAACAGGAAAGCCCGCGGGCAGCUGCGCACCAAGAUCGAGUCGGGGGAGGGAACCAUCCCGGUGCGCUCCACCAACACCAUCCAGACGUGGGACGGGGUCCUCCAGGGCGAGAGGCUGCUCACCAUGUCCUGCAGCGACAAAAUUGCCAGGUGGAACGUGGUGGGAUUUCAGGGCUCUCUGAUGAGCUACUUCACCGAGCCCAUCUACUUCUCCAGCAUCAUCCUGGGCAGCCUGUACCACGCCGACCACCUCUCCCGGGCCAUGUACCAGAGGAUCACCGAGAUCGAGGGCCUGCCGCCGCCGUUCGCCUUGAACCGGCCGCUCCUCAGUGGGAUCAGCAACGCCGAGGCUCGCCAGCCAGGAAAAGCUCCGAACUUCAGCGUGAACUGGACGGUGGGAGACCAGGGACUGGAGGUCAUCAACGCCACAACGGGGAAAGACGACCUGGGCCGGCCCUCCAGACUCUGUAAACACACCCUUUACAGCCGCUGGGUCCGCCUGCACUGCAAGCUUUUCUCCACCCUGCGGAUCCGAGCCGUGAAGCCGAGCAGCUACCACGAGGCCAAGCAGGCGGCCGUGGAGUACCACGUCGCCAAGCACACGCUCAUCAGAGCCUUCCAGAAGGCCGGACUGGGCGCCUGGGUGAAGAAACCCAUCGAGCAGGACCAGUUUUCCCUCACCACCUGAGCCACGGCCGGGGCGGCGGGAGGGGUGGGGUGAGUCAGAGAUCGCUUGCGUUACUUUCUGGAACUGUUCAGACGCCAAGAAAAAAACAAACAAAAUUAAACCUGCAGCGAGUUCAGUGGCGGGACUCUUCCUUUCACUCCUUUUUUUUUUAAAGACUGGGUUGUGUGUUGUUGGGACGACUGGCACCAAACGCUGACGAUCCAGAAGUCACGCUCCAUGAAUUUUGCAUUCAAUCUUUAAUUUUUAUACAACCUCGUGCUGCUUCCCCCACAGCCAGCACUACACAUUAAAUGUUGCUUUGGAAAAAAAAAUGAGAAAGUAAAAGAGAAAGCUACUAUCCAGUAAAUUAUGCAACUUUAUAUAAAGGACAAAACUGAAAAGAAAAGCGAUACUUCGAAAUGGAAAAUUGUAUACAGUAUUGUCAGUUGCAAAUGGCACUUGCCUGUGUAAGUAAUGUUAAUUUAUUCAUUUUGCAUGUGUGAUUAUACCAAAUGAAUUAAUGUCUCCAGGUUUGCUGUCACUUUCUGUGUUCCAUGUUUAUUGUGAAACCAUUUUAAUGUCCUGUAGGUUCUUAUAGCGGUGUUAUUUUAUGUUUUGUUCGCAGGUCUAUCUGUGUUUUAUUUUAAUCUAAGAGUGUGAUUCUUUUUUUUUUUAACUUCAUAACUGUGGUCGAGAACACUUUGUUAAAUGUUGCUUGAAUUUUUCCUGUUCCCGUCAUGGUAAACGACACAAAUUGCUAAAGAAAUGUUAUUUUAGCACAUUAGUUCUGUAUUUGCACGCCGCUGUGGCUAAAUUGUACAGCUCUGCCAUCCAAUUUUCUGCUUUUCAGUCACAGAUCACACCUACAGUUUGUUUUCUUUGGGCCAGACCAUGAUGAAAUGUUUAUUUUGUUGUUGUUGUUUUUUGUGUUUGGUUCAUUUUGGUUCAUAAUGUCCAAUUACAAACCAGCCAGGGCUUUUCAAACAAGAGCCACAUGGACUCGAUCAGCGUUUAGAUUAAGAAAAAAAAUCAAUUCAGAUUCAACUUUAUUCAGACAUGAUGGACUUGUCUGUCUCCUCUCAGGUGUUCAUGUCAGUGAAGAACACAUGAGGAAAUAACCGGAUAUGAGCAUCAGUUUUGUUAUUCUACACUUUUCAGGCUGAUUUAACAGCCUAAUAUCAGAUGUCAGUGUCUUGUCUCCUUGAAUCUAUAAUUCCUCAUCAUGUUCCCACUCCUAUGAACGGCAUCUUGACCAGGGUUUCAACAGUUAGGAAAUCCUGGAAAAGUCAUGGAAAGUCAUUGAAAAAUAUUCGCCAACCUUGUAAAUGUUUUGGGGAAAAAAAGAUUUUAAAAAUUCAAAAAAGUCAUGCAAAUUGAAAACAGUUUCCAUGAAAAUCCUGGAAAAGUCAUGGAGUUUGAAAAUGUUUUUCAGCCCUAUAAAUGUUUUGGAGUAAAAAGAUGACAAGACUUUGGAAAAGUCAUGGAAAGGAAAUUUUUCUUCAUGAAGAUCCUGUAAAAGUCAUGGAAUUUGAACAUUUUUUCCAUAAAAAUCCCAGGAAAGGCAUGGAAUGUGAAAAAUGUUUGCCAACCUUGUAAAUGUUUUUGGGGAAAAAAAGAAAGGUCAUGCAAAUUGAAAAUGUCUUCCAUGGAAAUCCUGGAAAAGUCAUGGCGUUUUAAAAAUGUUUUGGGGGGUAAAAGAGUGAAACCUGAAAAGGGAAGACAACUAAGUAAACAAUAUAGAUUUUUUUCUCUCCAAAUCAACUUGUUGUCGCUCUAGGAAACAGUUUUAUUUGUCUUGCAGUUCUCACACUCUCAGUUACACAUCUUUCUUUACUAACUACACGGCAGAAUCAUGGAAAUUGUAGUAUGUUGUCAUGGAAAAAUCAUGGGAAAGUGUUGAAGUUGAAGUGACAAAUAAGUGUGGAAACUGUGGUUGAUGCAGUUUAUCGGAAUCGGAAAUCUCAUCUUUCUUGUCCGGCCAAAGAAAAUGAACUGAGAGGAAAACACUGGGUGUUUAACGAACCCUAAAACUCCAAAACAGCCCCUGUCGUUUGCCCUUUUGCACUAGAGGAGGGUGAGAUCAGCCCUUAUGCAACGAAACGCAGCGAUCGUCCAUAUGCAGUCAUUUCCAGAGAAGAGCCAAACCCUGUUGGGAGUUACCUCUGUGCUCCUGCGUUCACAUCGCAGAAUGCAGCCACUGACAGUUUAAACAUACGGCUUAAGUCAUUUUCAUCACCAGAGCGUACCAAAGAUGACGUCUGCAUCUGUCCUGCCUCCGUAGAUCUUUUAGUUUCAGGUUGUUCCUGUUUUCCAAACUUCCAAAUGACUUUUUUUUUUGUCAGUGAUCUGCCUCUACACUCGAUGUUUUUCUAGCCAUUUCGUGAACAUCUGUGAUGACGUGUGUGCAGUCGUGUGUAGCUCUGCUCUUUGAUACCAAACAAGACAGAAUCCCAAAUUUGUGAAUCAUGUUUUUGUUUUUUUUUGUUUGGAUUUCAUGUCCUGAUCCGAUUUGAAUGUCACAUUAUGUCUUGGUCGCUUUGAAACUCCCUUCUUGUGCUGUGUUUUGCAACCUCUUGUCUGUAAAUCCUGCUCCUCUUUGUAUUUAUUUGAUUUUUUUAAAAUCUUUUACCCCUGUGAAAGUCCUCAAACUUUGACUCGAUCAUGCAGAAUAAUCACAUAAUUUAUUCACUGUGUUUUGAAUUCGUCCCAUAAAAUGUUUUUGAACGUACGUUUUUUCGCUGAGGCGUGGAAACGCGUCUCGCCUUCAGUGACGUGCAAACCCGCUCCUGUUUCAGCACACCUUGCUCUAGGCUCAGGCCCUCAGGGUUUUUGGAGACUCCCUACUGGCACGUUUUAAAGGAGACCAAUGAGUUUUUUUUUAUGUUGUCCUUAAAGUCAAGCAGACGUUCAUGAUUGGGAAAAGAUGAUCCGGUGUACUGUCUGUCAGUAAUCUCUGUCUGUGUGUCGGUGGUAGGUGGCCCAGUCCUGGAUAGGUUCAUGCACUUUGUUAUUGAUUUUCCCCCCAUAUAAUAUAGCAAGAAUGUGGGGCCUAAUGCAUGAGCUCUACCUGUAAAGCAUGAAAAAAGCAUCAAAAUAUACAGAAUAUACAGUAAAAGAUGUAGAAAAUGAGUCGAGUCACUGAUCUAGAGGUUUAAUAAAAUGCUAAUGUAGUCAUUUUG